AUCUGUUACAAUAUCUCAUAAUUUUUUUUACGAAGUUGAUAACUUUAAGCCACCACAUAAUAUUAUUUUGUUGCCUUCUACAUAAUAACAAAAACUUUUCAAUUGUUUUUCUCUGAAACUUUCCAUCUGAAAGAUAACAGAAAUAAAUUUAUUUCUUUUCUUCUUUAGAAGUUUGCAAUGGUUCAGUUAGAAUAAGUUUUGCUAUUGAUUGAGAACAGAUUUGAUUGAUUUCUUUUGAAAUGAAAUUGAUUUGUUCGGAUAAAAUCAACGAGAUGCGUCUAGGUGGUGGUGAAAUUUCACGAAAUUGAUUUUUGAUGUCAUCUCCAGAUAACGCUUUUUGACCUUGUGCGACACGUGCACUGUUUUCAAGAGAUAAAUAAUUCAAUUGUCUUUGUUUUUCAUGUUCUUGUCGAACACAUGAAUAUUGAUAUCUGUUAAACUUGACAGUUUCUUGAAUGAGAUCGUCAGUUCGACUCAUCAUUCCACGAAUUUGCUUUUCCAACACCCCCACAGUGCCAAGAUCAAGAUAUUGAGAACCUUUUUCUUGUGGAAGAGUUUCAUACAUAUCAAGAAGUAAGAUGUUUGUGAGUGAUGAGCUUUUAAUGUGAAUUGGAAUUUCCACGACAAGCUUUUCAAAUCCAACUCCAAGUUCUUGUAAUGCUUUAAAAGUUUGAGCACCUUCUUUAUACAUUUUGAUAGCUUGUUCAGACAAUCUAUAAGCUUUUAAGGGCAUAACACCUCGAAUUGAUCUGUCGGAAUCGUAAACAAUAACAACAGAUUCAGAAAUGCAUGUUUGAUAAUUAAAUUGCGAUUCAAGAAGAGUUUCGGUCAAAAAUUUCGUGUUGCUUGCUGAUUGAUACCAGCCAACAUGAAACAUGUCAACAUUAACAACGCGCAAUCGUCUCAUCAUCGCCCAUUGAUAUUCUUCAUCGUCAGAAGACUCAGUCAUGUUGUUUGGAUAUGGAAAACAGUGCGUUAUUUCUAACCUAGUUCCAUCCAGCAUACCAAGAAUAGCACCUUGUGGAAGGUCUAAUGAAGUUUGAGACUCUUCAUGACAAUGUUUCGCCAUUUUCAGAAAAACCGAAGCGUCACAUUGAAUAUGAUUUAUUUGUAGUUUAUCCAUUUUAUCAAUUCGCAGCUCUAAGAAAUUUGCUCAAAGCUCGCUUUAUUAUGAACGAAGAUUUUAUAAUAAAGUCUUGAGAGUGAUUGCGAAAUUAAAAUCUUCGCACCCCGUUGAAAAUUGGAAUAGCUUCGUAUGAGGUACCAGAUUGCAUAAAAGCGGGAACCGAGACGCUUAACAAAGUUCUACUUAAAACUCGGUAAUAAAAUAGAAAUUAAUAUGGCUGGUUCAAAUAAUCAAAUCAAGAUCAUUAAAAUUGAAAGCGCUUCAUGUUUUCACUUUAUAUAUCUGAAUGAAACGAAAAACUUGAAAGGUGCUGCUUUCAAAGAAGGGAACAUGAAGCUAACAAACACCAAUAAUGACAAGGAUGUGAUUUAUCAAGGUUCACUAUUUGUUCAACCGACUGAAGAAACUUUCGACUAUAAGGAAUGCAAAAUUCUCAGAAAAUGGUCGUUAGAAGCUCUUGAAGUCACCAAAAAUUUCGUGAAGUUUGCAAAACAAUUACGUUUUUUUAAAAGACAUGUGAUUGACAAUAUAAUUAUUGGUGACAUUGAAGCUACAAAUGAACAGGGAGAGAUAUUUAGUUUGUCAGAAAUUUUGAUUAGACUUGGUCAUGCAAAAAUACCAGAAGAUAAUCAACAUAAUAAAGCGCUCCAUCAAUCAUUUGAUCCAAAACAGGAAGAUGAAAUUGUUUCGGAUCCUUACAAAACAGAAGUGCCAAAAAAUGUACCAAAAGAGUCUUCACUUGAAAAAGCAUUAAAUUCCUGUUUUCAAGACACUAUUCAAGGACGGGAAACUGCAGAAUCUUUGAACACAAAAUCUUCUGAUAAUAAAUCCAAUAUUAAAAUGGUAACAGUCACCGACUUCUUCAAAAAUGAGUAUUCCAAUGCUAUUUGCAUGCAAGGAAUGAAAAAGGACAACGAUGUCACUUCAAGAACAACAAGUCACGAAGGAUCUUUCGGUUCUUCCGAAAUUUCUCUGAAAGAAACCGAAAUCAAGUCGCAAAUCAUGAGACAAAAUAUUUCCAUAAUUGAUUCGCCUACAUUUUCGGAAAAAAAUACAUGUAAUGAUUUGACUCGGAUUAUAAAAGAAGAACGCAAAAUUAUUGGAAGUGAAGAUGUUGCGAAGAUCUUCGUACACGGCAAAAAUUUACAAAAACCUUUGGAAAACUUAACAAGCGCUUACUUCCAUAAAGAAAUUCAUGAAAAUAUGCGAAAAAUGAAAUUCUGUUCAUUAUAUCGUACACAAUCUUACAGCAUACCAAAUAUUCUAGAGGGAAGAUCAGCAUUCAUUAUCAAUGCAAACCGAUCGGGCAAAACUUUUUCUUAUCUUCCAGCACUUCUCAGCUUAAUUUGGAACGAUCAUGAGGAUGAAAUUGAAACAAAUGGAAUUGGACCAGUCGCUGUGAUUAUUGCAAGAUCAUCACGAGAAGUUGACAUUAUUUAUGAUUACUGCAAGAAACUUGCACCGGGGAAGAACGUUGAAAUCAUAAAAGCGUCUGGAAUUUGGAAUUUUGAAGAUAAGAAGAUUGAAUUAUUGAAUGGAUGCGAAUUGCUGAUCACAACACCGCCUUGUUUCAAACGUUUAUCGUCAGGAAAAGUAAUUCGUGCAUUUAACAAAAAUCGAAUCAAUCAUUUGAUUUUUGAUGGAAUUCAUUCAAUGUUUAAUAUUUUUCCUGAUGAAAUCAAUGAAAUUAUUAAGGUUUGCACUCACGGUACAAAAUAUCCUGAGAAAAAUCCUCAAUUGAUUAUGACAUCGUCAAGUUGGGAUGAAUAUCUUCAAAGUUUUAUGAAAUUAACAUGUGAUCCUAUGAUAAUCUUUGGAAGUUACAUAGAAGCAGCACUAUUUGCAAAAUGUUACUUUAAAAUUACAAAGAAAACUAUCAUAUCGAAGUUCGAAAUUUUACAAAACAUUUUAAUGAACGAAGAAUGGCGAAUGGAACGAACAUUGAUCGUGUUUAAUUCACAAACUGAAAUCAAUCAGUUCAAGGAUUUUAUUUCCAAAUCCAGUCACUCAUACAAGGUCAUUGAUUCACGUAUUCAAAGCGAUGAUAUCAAAAUAAUUAUUGAAAAUUGGAUGAAUGAAGAAUUUGGAGAUUUUUCAAUUCUUUUAGCAACGGAUGAAAGUUUACUUAAUUCGUCGUUCAACAACAUUCAAGUUUUAAUACAUUUUUCACUUCCUGAUACGUGGACAAGUUUCUCACGUCGUUUUGUGACAAUGUUCGGAUACUUUAAGAAACACUUGAAUGAAGAAUUGGAUGAGCGAGCAUCGACAGUAAUUUUGUUAGAUGAUGAAAAUGUCGAAGAACUUCCACACUUGAUAGAUUUCGUUCAAAAGCGACACAUUUUGAAUCACAUUCCAAGUGAAAUCAAUGAAAUCGUUCAGCGUAUAAUUGACGAGCGAGAAAAACAAAAGCAUGAUCCAAUGUAUGAGAAUAUUAUGCCGAUUUGCCAAAAUAUUCUUCAAUUCGGUUCAUGUAUCAAUUCAACAAUAUGCAAACGUCGUCACAUCUUCAUUGAUAACGAUCGAUCAAUAAACAUUCCAUGUGAUGGCUUGGUGAAGUUUGAUAUUGUUGGUAUUUACAAUCCAUCUCAUUACACGAUAAAAAUUCGUGAAUAUUUACCAGCAAAUGCUAAGAAAUGGAUUUCCUGUGAAACAAAAUUAAGAACCAUUGAAGAUUCACUUGAAGCUCUUCAAAUCAUCAUGAAUAAAGAAAAUAUCGUUCAAGUUAAUGCAAAAACGAAUGAUAUUUGUGCUGUUUUCUGUCCCCAAAGAAUCAAAUGGCUUCGUUGUAAAGUUCUUGAGAUUCAAUAUCCAGGAAAAGCAAUAUCGCAAGUUCACGUUUAUCUUCUUGAUUAUGGACGAAAAAUUAAUGUUAAAACAACAGAUUUGAAAGUUUUAUCCGAGGAAUAUAAAUUGUUGGAUCCUUUGGUCACAGAUUUAAGAGUCGUUAAUCUCAUUCCAUAUGAUAAUGAUUUGACAUUUGACGUUGACACAUCAAGUCAUUUAGCGAAAUUCUUCGAUUCAAUCUCUAAAGUUGGCGAUUACAUGAUUUGUAAAGUUGAAAUGUCACUUCAUAAUGUCAUUUUUACUGAAACAUUUGAGAUUCGUAAAUGUUUAAAAGGUUGUCGGGUUGAUGUGACGAAAUAUUGGAUGAAAAAAGAUAUGCUUGAAAAGAAACUUUGUUCGUAUGAUGAAAAUGUCAUGGAGAAGCUUACGAAUCUUGCUAAACGUUCAGGUUUAUAUGUUCCAUCAGAUGAACAUCCAGUUAAAGAUCCUGAAAUUGAAAAGGAAAUAAAAUCAAUAGAAGAAGCUCAACCUCGUUGGAAAGAUUUGAAAAUUGGAAGCACACACGAAGUUAAAUUGAAGCAUUUUGAAAGUGAAAAAUCUUUCUACGUUCUUAAAGAUGAUUCGGAAAAUUCAAUUCUUCGUAACUUUUACAAAACUCUCAACGAACUUGAUGAAGAAUUAAUUCCUUUGCAUCCAAUAAACUGCAAUGAUUUUUGCAUUAUCAAAUGGAGAAAGCGAAACUUUCGUGGAAUUAUUUAUAAAAUAAUCAACAUGGAGAUGAUUAUUGUCCAUUUGCUUGACUGUAGUCAUUUAAUCAAAUGUUCGGAAUCUUUCAUUUACAAACUUCCAACUGAUUUCAUCAACAAAAUGCCUUUUCAAUCAAUUCAUUGUCAAUUUUCAUUAAUAAAGCCGAAAAUUGCAAUCAAACAGUCACAACAAGAACAAUCAAAUGAAAAUUUUCGAGACUUCUUUUUGAAAUCUUGUCGUGAAAAGUUGGUGAAAAUUUUGAUUUAUGAGAAAAGUUCAAGUGAAAAUAUUUACGGCGUUCUUAUUUACGAUGUCGUGAGUGAGAAACUUUUGGAUUUAGAUGCUGUCGAAAAAGGAGUCGCUGAUUGUGAUGAGAAACUUAAAGAUUUUGCAUCGGAAAAUGUGAUGAGAGUCGAAGAGAAAUCAAAUGAAGAACGUUUCAUGAAGUUGCUUUUUGAUGCUGACAAUGAUGUUGAUUUUAAUAUAAAGCUUGAAGAUUUAGGUCUGAAAACUCCAGAUCCGAUUGCAAAAGUUUUGUCUCAAGAAAAGGUGAAGCCGAUUGAGUUGAAGAAGCCAACAAAUGUCGAAAACAAGAAGGAAAAAUCGGAGAGUCGCUUAUAUUACAUUGAAAAGCAUCCGAAGAUUGAAUAUCGACAGAAUAAAAUGAUGCUUCAAUUGAUAGUGACUGCUGUUGACAGCAAAGAUUAUUCUUUAGAGGUCACUGAUUCAAGCUUCACCAUUGGAAUCGUCUACGAAGGCUACAAGGAAUUUACAUCGUUUCGCUUUUACGGGAUAGUCAAAACUGAGUUCACUUCACAUGAGAAGGUUGGACAAACAAUUGCUAUUCGAUUAUUGAAAGCUAUCGUAGGAUCGUGGCCACGUUUAACAUAUCAUAACGAACCAAAUCGAUUCAUUCGAUACAAUGCUGAAGAAAUUACUUUCAAAUUCGAAUGCAAUAAAAAGUCAAUUGCUGGUCUUCCUGCUGGAAUGUCUGAUGAAGAUGAUGAUGAAGUGAUUGACGUUCAAGAUAAAUACAUGACUGAGGAAGAUGAACUCGAACCAAUUUAAUUCUUGUACCUUAACUUUUCAUCUGACAAAUAAAGAAAAUCUGAAUUUAACUGAAUUAAGAAAAUGUA